CUCAAAUUCCCCCUUAGGCCACUCAAAUCCCCACAAACUCAAUCUAAAAUUAAGACUGAACCGGUUCAAGACUGGACUGGAUCAAAAUUGGACUGUAUCCAAUCCAAUUUUUGGUCCUUAUAUUCUGAAUAAGACCGGAGACAGACCAAAUCAAUUCGGGCAAAUUUAACCAUGUCGUAUAGCCACCCCUCCACCAAACCAUGCUAUCAGAAAAAUCGGUAUGAGUGUAUAAACCGGUUUCGGCCUUGUUUGUCCCCUUCUUGUAAUCUUGUUCGAUUAGCGUCGAAGGAAUUCACCGCCCAAAUUAGGACUGCCGAAAAACCCUAGCUCAAUCCCGUAUUUCCCCCACCGCCAUUCUCCGGCACCUGGCCGUCCUUGUCGAUUGCCAUCAUCAUAAUCAAAUCUAUCUCGCUGGAGAAACUCUUCACGUAAGUUCCUUUACGCUCUCUGUCUCUCUCUCCAGCUCGGCGCUCCCUAAUCGAUUCCUUUUUCGUUUCCGCUGAGACAUAGGAAACCCUAGUUUCUCCCAGAAUGCCGAGGGAGGCUUAAAAGGAAGCUCUAUUCAUCUGUCCAGAGGUCGGAACUUAGCUAGGAGAUUGUGCAACCAUGUCGGUCACGGCGGGUGUCAGCGAUGCGGCACUGGCCACCCGAGACAAACUCAAAGGCAAAAUCAAUCCGACCAAAGUGAAGAGGUACUGGCCAGGUAAAGCUCCCGAGUGGGCAGACGAAGCAGACGAAGAUGGCGAUAUCAGGAUGUCCAAAAUGGACAUCCUGGAAAAGGCCUUCCCAAGCCACGACGGUGCUUCCGAUCCCGCCCUGAGAGACGAUCCCAGGCUCCGACGUCUGGCCGUGAGCAGGAUUGACAACCGGGACGAGGCAAGAGCCGACCACCGCAGAAUCCGACAGGCUGAGAUUAUAUCCACGGAGGAGGAGGAGAGGCUGGAAGGAUUAGACGCCGAGGAAGAAGAUGAAGAGGCCCUGGAAGAGAGAAGGAGAAGAAUCAGGGAGAAGGCUCGAAUGAGGGAGCGAGAGGAAGCUGCACUGCUUCCUGUAGAAGAGGAAGAAGAUGAAGAAGACGCAGAAGAAGACGAGUCUUCCGAAUAUGAGACCGACUCCGAGGAAGAAACGACAGGUAUGGCAAUGGUGAAACCUGUGUUUGUGCCUAAAUCAGAGAGAGAUACCAUAGCCGAAAGGGAGCGGCUUGCCGAAGAAGAAAGGGCUUUUGAGGAGAAAGUGAAGAGGAAAAUGGAAGAGAGGAAGGUGGAGACUAAGCAUAUGUUGGUUGAAGAGAUUAAGAAGGAAGAACAAAUUCAGAAGAAUUUGGAGAUGGAGGCGGAGAUUGCUGAUGUGGAUACCGAUGAUGAGAUGAAUGAAGCAGAAGAGUAUGAAACGUGGAAAGUGAGGGAAAUUGGGAGGAUCAAGAGGGAUAGGGAAGAUAGAGAGGCGAUGUUGAAGGAGAAGGAAGAGAUUGAGAGAGUGAGGAAUAUGACUGAAGAAGAGAGGAGGGAAUGGGAGAGGAAGAACCCUAAACCCGCUCCGCCGCCUAAGCAGAAAUGGAGGUAUAUGCAGAAGUAUUAUCACAAAGGUGCUUUCUUUCAGGAUGAAGGCGAUGAACGUGCUGCUGCUGCAAGUGCUGGGUCCGAUAAGAAUGUCUUAAAGCGCGAUUUCUCUGCACCAACUGGUGAAGAUAAGAUGGACAAGAGUAUAUUGCCGAAGGUUAUGCAGGUGAAGCACUUUGGUCGCAGUGGGAGGACAAAAUGGACUCAUCUUGUUAAUGAAGAUACUACUGAUUGGGAUAAUCCAUGGACAUACAACGAUCCACUUCGUGCAAAGUACAAUGCCAAGAUGGCUGGAAUGAAUGCUCCUAUAGCUAAACCGAAAGGGAGUAAGAAACUGAAAGAUUGGGAGACAAAAUAGUAAGGCAGCUGUAUUCCUCUUUUUUUUGGCGGCAGAGGGAAAGGCUGGAGAAAGGAGGGGGAAAUUGUGUUUGUAUCCCUCAAAAGGCCAAAAGAUGGUUUGUGAAAUGAUCUGUUUUUGAUUCCUUGCACCAUUUUCUUUUGUGCCCUUUUCAAUAGAGUUGGAGCAUUUUUCAGUUAUUCUGUCUAACUUCAUGUCAUUUGUUUACUGAUGUAGUAGCUUCUCUAAAAUCGGAACCUUAUAUCUUUUCUCUCUUUAUUUAUGCCCUUUUCAUUGAUGAGCUAUGUUGAGUGAAACGAUUAUGACUGUGAAUACGUGCAUAGACCAAGCUUAUAGCUAGAUUGCCAGCAGAGUUUCUGUUGUUGAGUAGCAAUAGCUGUAGUGAAUUUGUUGAGUGUAGUUGGACAACGUGAACACAUCGUUUCUGGAUUUGUGGCCUUGUUUAUGGGUAUAUAAUGGUCUGCUUAAGCAUGCUGUUUAUAUGCCACUUGCAUACUUUUGUUAUGAUUUUUUGUUCAGCAUCUAUUUCACAUUCUUCUUAUGUUUAAGUAUUCUCUGUCUGGUCCUUCUCUGAUAAUUUUAGGAUGCGAGUUCUCGGUGCAUCUCAAUGACGAUGAUGUCGCUUUAACUUGGUUUGUUUCUGCAUCUCUUUGUUGAUGCGAAGGAUUGUUUUGGCUCUCUGGUGCUCCAUUGUCACGGUUACGGAAACUGACUUGUACUCUUCCAGUUUCGGUUUCCAGACUCCAGAGGCAAUUGAUUGAAGCUGUUUCUUUCUUGUCUCGCGUGGUCUAUCAGAAACCAUGUUCUUUCACUUCUAGGCUUUGCAUCCAAUUUGCAGAGAAGUUUUUUAUUCUUAGCCAGUCAUCCCAUUCAGUAUCUAAGUUCAGAAUAGUUAGCUAGAUAUGCAAGAGAUUGGGCUCUAUGUUUUUGCCUGGAGGGUUAACACUCGAAUUAAUUUUAGCAUUUGAA